AAAGGCAGUGUGAACCUGACAAAACAGAAAGCGGGUCGUGCGUGUGCAAAGGGAGAAUAAUAGAUAAUUUCAUUCAUCCGCAAGUCUUAUGAUAUCUGAUAAUCAGACUUUGAGUGUAGUUUAAUUAUUUGGUGAACGAUAUACCGUCUAUUCGGAAAUGGCAGGUGCGAUGCUGUUCGAACGUGCCCAAGCAGUAUCUAUGACGAACAGGAGUGAGGGAAUUUCGCUCCUCAACGAGAUUGUCUCAGACCCGAGUAUCGGGAUCGCCGAAGAUGACGAGGACAAUAUUAGAGUGAAGGAACAAGGCAUCCUUCACCUGGGUGAACUUUACAAAAAGGAGGGCAAGGCCAAGGAAUUGGCAGACCUGAUUAAAGCCACCCGACCCUUCCUCAGCCUCAUCAGCAAGGCAAAGGCAGCUAAGCUAGUUCGGUCUCUGGUAGAUUUUUUCCUCGACUUGGAAGCUGGUAUUGGUAUCGAGGUACAAUUAUGCAAAGAGUGUAUAGAAUGGGCAAAAGAAGAGCGGAGAACGUUUUUGAGGCAAUCUCUAGAGGCACGACUAGUAGCGCUUUAUUUCGACACCGGGAUGUUCGGCGAAGCCCUUCAACUUGGUUCAGCCCUUCUUAAAGAGCUGAAAAAACUUGACGACAAACAGCUUCUUGUCGAGGUCCAACUGCUCGAAAGUAAAACCUAUCAUGCACUUAGUAAUCUGGCUAAAGCCAGGGCAGCGUUAACAAGUGCGAGAACAACCGCAAAUGCCAUCUAUUGUCCGCCAAAAAUGCAAGCCGCUUUAGACCUACAGUCUGGGAUAUUGCACGCUGCUGAUGAGCGAGAUUUCAAGACUGCCUACUCAUACUUUUACGAAGCUUUUGAAGGAUAUGACAGUGUUGAGUGUCCCAAAGCUUUGACAGCCCUAAAAUACAUGCUUUUGUCAAAAAUAAUGUUACGCACCCCAGAAGAUGUUCAAUCAAUAAUGUCCGGUAAACUGGCCGUUAAAUAUGCCGGUCGUGAUCUUGACGCUAUGCGAGCUGUUGCCGAAGCUAGCCAUCGACGAUCAUUGGCAGAGUUUCAGAUUGCUGUUAAAGACUACAAACAACAACUUGAGGAAGAUGUUAUUGUCAGAGCGCACUUAGGAUCCCUCUACGAUGCUAUGCUUGAACAAAAUCUUUGUCGUCUUGUCGAGCCCUACUCACGUGUGCAGGUGGGUCACAUAGCUUCGUGUAUAUCACUGCCAUUGGCUCAAGUAGAAAAGAAACUGUCACAAAUGAUAUUGGACAAGAAAUUGAGAGGCGUGUUGGAUCAAGGAGAAGGUGUCUUGAUCGUUUUUGAAGAUACGCCAAGAGACAAAACGUACGAGAUUGCUCUGGACACGCUACAUAGCAUGGGCAAAGUAGUCGAUACUUUGUACCAGAAAGCUAAGAAACUCACCUAGCCCUAUUUAUUAAAAAUUUGUAUAAGCAAAAUCUAUUAAUAUUACCAUUAUUAUAAUUGCUACUACCGAUUACUACGAUUAAUGAUUAGAUGCUGUCGUUAAAUAUUAAACGAAUUAACUCCAUUCACCUACUGAUUACUAAUUCGAGUUUGGUCUAGACGAUCAUGUUUCAACUCACGAAAGCGAAAGAAAAACAAUUUUUUUUCUCAAAUUAUUCUCAAUAGGUAUGAUUUGCACUUCGAAUGUUGCUAGGCACGUACGAAUCGACAUACAAAAUACGUUAUUGAGUUUAAUACUUGCUUCCCAUGUACUUUUGGUGUCAUUUGCAUUUUUAUAACCAUCGAAAUUGAACAACAUAACGGUGAAUUUACUCAAAUUGUAUUACAACCACCUCACAGACAAAACAAUACAAAACAUCAUCCCUGAGAAAGAAAGUAUAUAUCUCUAAUCCUGUUUUUAUUGAAGCGAUAUGAAUAUAUCGAUUCAACCAAGUGUUACCCCCGAAUAAAACAGUCGUUGAUUAUCGCGAAAACAGACAACUACAUCAGCAACAUCUUGACUUUCAUCAUUAAAAUCGAUAGUUGGAAAAAAACAAUUUUGGUAAUAAAUUAUGAUCGUUUCAACUGAAUGAAUCCAAUCCGUUGCCGGUAAACUAGCUCAUCGUUUGAGAUUUGAUUUACAAAGUCGACUAAUUAUGGUGAUUUGUUGGUACUUACGUACUCAAUAUAGAAUACAUACGACACAUUAUUAUAUCUACAAAACGUGAAGAACUGAUGGUUUCUUAAUAAAUGAAUAAUAAAAAACCAA